UAUUCGUCACGGUGUCUUUGAAACCUUCCCAAAAUUCGACGUACUUUCUGGAUGUUUAGCUGGAUUCAAUAACCUCGCCAUCACUUUCGUGAAACUAGAUGAAAUUCUCCACCAGCCAAAACGUCCCAAUUCUUCUCACAUUUUCAAAGUAGACAUGCAAAUUUUAGACGCGAUACGCCAAAGUUUCUCGAGCGGGGAUGAAAUGCAAAUCACCGCGUACAAAGAGAACGUGAAGCAUCUCGACCACCCCAGAAUGUGGAACGUUCUUGGAGAAGAAGAGCUCAAACGGGGAAAUUUCGACGACGCCGAAUUCGCCUUUGUCCAUUCCGCAAACUACUCGGCUCUUCAGUUUCUCAACAAACAGCUCAAAUUCAUCCCUCCGCAGCUGCAAGAAGCAGAAAUCCUCGCGUAUCUGGGCGACUAUAUAAAUGCGUCGAAAUGUUAUGUGACAGCGAAGCGAUUAGAUCUUGCCCUCGAAAUGUGGCAACAACUGGACGACCCACGACAAAGAUGUCGCAUUCUGGCAGAAGUUGAUGGUUCCGGAGAUGCGUCGCAUGACAUAAAUGCAAACAACUAUUCAGUCGAGAAGGCAGAGAAGCAUUUUAGCGAAGGUGAAAUUCCCACUGCGCUUGAAAUGUUUCGAAAGCUCAAAGAAUACGAUAGGAUUUUCGAGUGUCACAUGGUCACGGAGAAUUUCUUAGAGUUGAAGGAACUGACGAAGCGAGCCUCACACGGAGAUCCUGUCAUUGGGAAGAUCGCGGAGAAAUAUAGGUUCCUCGGGAUGACGAGGGAAGCGGUCGACCUGUAUUUGAAAUGUGGUGACCCUAAGAGCGCCGUGAACGUGGCAAUGACCAAUUUAGAGUGGAGUUUGGCACUGGAGAUUGCAACCGAACAUGGUAUUCCAAUGGUUACAGAGUCCAUUUUAGAACUUACCAAGCAACUUCUCUCCUCUGGCAAUAUCAUGCAAGCGGUACAAUUUUUAAAGAAAUGUGGUAAAAAUUUCGCAGCAGGAAAACUACUUUCUACGACCGCGCUACGAGCCCUUGAAGAUACGAAUUCUUCCCAAAGUCUCAUGAACAUCAAAAAACUCUUCGUCAUGGGUGCAAUUCUUCUCCGGGAGGACGGAAUCACGAGGCAAAACCCGUUCGCAAGGUCGCGAACCAAGCCACGAACAAAAUUAACGUUUACCUCGUCGUCCGUGGACGAAGAGGACGAGAUCGACUUUAAGUUCAACGAGUUUAUCCCCCUCGAGUAUCAAGCCAGGAGUGCGGAGGAGUUCAGAUGGAUGUACAAAUCCCCAUGGCGCGGGGCGAUGGCGACACAUUACUUCAUCCUCGUGCUGAAAGCAAUUCACACCAACCACUUUGAGCGUGCCGCAUCCCUUGUGACGUAUUUAAGAAACUACACCGAUAUUCUUGGCGUCGAAAGGGUGAAUUGUAUAAUAGCCUGGACGUCAAUCAAGGUCAACAAUGCGAUCGAUUAUUUCGCAGCAUUGUCCCAGUUGGAGAAUAUUGAUGCGAGCUACGGUGACAUUGCGACUGAGGUGCUAACCGUUCGGCAGGAGAGAAGUGAUGAUGACAAUGAUGAACAUCUUAGCCCAACGAUGACGCGACGUGGUUCUGAAGCGUCGGUGAUGAGAGGCGAUAGUAGCGACAACAAUUUGCUGUCCUCCGAAGGAAGUUUUUACACAAUGCCACGCUGUACGAUAAGUGGAAAGAUGUUAAAGUCGGGAUCUUUGUUCUUUGAGUGUCCAAACUGUGGAGGACCUGCCAUGCUAAAAAAGGCGCAGCGAUACAAACAUUGUCCCCUCUGCCAUGCUAGAACGUUUAAUAAUUAGGUAAUAUCAUUUAAAUAUCCUUAAUUAAUGUAUUUAUUUACUUCUGUAUUCAAUUAGUAAUGGUGUUUUUAAUAAAAUGUGAAAAUUAAA